GCUCUUUGUCACAUUUUGAUGACGUUUGCGGCGCGCGGUGGCCGGAGUGGAAGAUGGCGGAGUAUCUGGCAUCCAUCUUCGGGACCGAGAAGGACAAGGUUAACUGCUCAUUUUACUUUAAGAUUGGGGCGUGUCGCCAUGGAGACAGAUGCUCGCGCCUUCAUAACAAGCCCACCUUCAGCCAGACUAUCGCCCUGCUGAACAUCUAUCGGAACCCACAGAACUCGUCGCAGUCGGCGGACGGGCUUCGCUGUGCUGUGAGCGAUGUGGAGAUGCAGGAACAUUACGAUGAGUUCUUUGAGGAAGUGUUCACGGAGAUGGAGGAGAAGUACGGGGAGGUGGAAGAAAUGAACGUUUGUGAUAAUUUGGGAGAUCAUCUUGUUGGAAACGUCUAUGUCAAGUUCCGCAGGGAAGAAGAUGCAGAAAAGGCUGUGAAAGACCUGAAUAACCGCUGGUUUAACGGGCAGCCAAUCCACGCGGAGCUGUCCCCUGUCACCGAUUUCCGGGAGGCCUGCUGCCGCCAGUAUGAGAUGGGGGAGUGCACGCGCGGGGGUUUCUGUAACUUCAUGCAUCUCAAGCCGAUCUCUCGGGAGCUGCGCAGGGAGCUGUAUGGUCGGCGCAGGAAGAAGGACAGACCUCCAGGCAGAGACAUGAACAAGCAUCGUUCUCGCUCCAGAUCUCGUGAGCGCCGCUCUCGUUCCAGAGACCGCGGCCGGGGUGGUGGUGGUGGUGGCGGCGGCGGCGUUGGAGGAGGCAGAGACAGGGAUCGUCGGAGGUCCAGAGACCGGGAGAGAUCGGGGCGUUUCUGAGCCACCGUUUUUAUUCCAUGUUCUGGGACAUUUCGGGGGAUGGUGGGGGAUCUGUGAUUAGCGGUCCAGGGAGCGGGAGUGUUUUUUUUUUUUUUUUUUUUUUUUUUUUAUGUAUUUUGAUGUUUUGUUUGUUUUUUUCUUUUUU